AUGGCGGUGUCUGAUGAGAGUAAUAGAUAUUGCCUUUAUGCAUGCAUGUCGUUGCUUCUAGGGUUUGGCCUCUUUGCAGAUUGCUCGAGUUCGGUCGUUGAUGACCCAGCAGGGCAAAUUGGUUCCAUAGGCAACAACUGCUCUGAAAGAGAAACCACGAGGAAGCUGCUGCUCCAAGUCCUCCGACCCUCAUGUCGUAAAACCGGAAAUUCCAUCGAUGACUGCUGGCGUUGUGAUCCCAACUGGUUCAACAACCGAAAGCGUCUCGCGGACUGCGCCAUUGGUUUUGGCAAAGACGCCAAGGGCGGCCGCGAUGGACACAUUUACGUUGUCACCGACUCGAGUGACAACGAUGUUGUAAACCCUAGACCAAGCACUCUCCGCUACGCUGUCAUCCAGACCGAGCCUCUCUGGAUCAUAUUCGCCAGGGACAUGCAGAUCACACUGAAGCAGGAGCUGAUCAUGAAUAGCUUCAAGACCAUUGACGGGCGCGGAGUCAAAGUUGAAAUUGCUUACGGAGGGCAAAUAACGGUUCAAUAUGUCACAAACAUUAUAAUCCAUGGUCUGCACAUCCACCACUGCAAAGAGUUACGCAAUGCAAUGGUGAGAGACUCCCCAUCUCAUUAUGGAUGGAGAGCAAAAUCUGAUGGCGAUGGCAUCUCCAUCUUCGGAGCGAAACACAUAUGGAUCGAUCACAAUUCACUCUCAAACUGUACCGACGGCCUUGUGGAUGCCGUGGAGGCCUCAACUGCAAUAACCAUUUCCAACAAUCUAUUUAUGGACCACGAUAAGGUGAUGCUGUUAGGGGCCCAAGAUGGUUAUACUCAAGACAAGGUGAUGCAAGUGACUAUUGUUUACAACCGUUUCGGGCCGGGAGUAGAGCAGAGAAUGCCUCAUGCUAGGUACGGCAAUUUCCAUAUAGUGAACAAUGACUACGCUAACGGGUGGAAGAUAUAUGCCGUUGGGGGAUCUUCAAACCCUACCAUCAACAGCGAAGGCAACAGAUACGUUGCCGACCCGGUAAAGUAUCCCUAUGCGAAGGAGGUUACCCAGAGAAUGAAGGCGAGCGAAUCAGAGUGGAAGAAAUGGAAUUGGAGGUCGAAGGGAGAUCAAGUCUUGAAUGGUGCUUACUUCAUUCCGUCCGGAGAUGCUAGUCCGGCAGCCUAUGUCCAGGCCUCUAGCGCCUUACCCAAGCCAGCUUCCAUGGUUUUAGCCAUGACGGCUAAUGCUGGUGCACUUACUUGCCUCAGAGGUCAUGUUUGCUAA